AUGCACUUCAGUCAGCCGUUGAUUGUUCGUCAACUGGAGAAAAUGAUACUUCGAUUGGGUGGCUUUGACAUUGACUUUGUCACUGAUGAAGGCUCAGCUUUGCACGUUGCCGCAAUGUUUGGACAAGUGGAAGCGGUGAAAUAUCUUACCAAUGAAGGAAUCAAUCCCCACGUUCGCGACAGCAAGGGUCGAACCGCCCUAGAACUUUUGCGAGAGCACGAACAACACCGUAUCUCGGAUUUGACGCAUAUCAUCCAAAGUCGCGAAGGCUGGAGUGAAUGUCGACAAAUAAUCGAAGGGUAUGUAAAACGGCUAGAGUCUGAUCAUUUCAAUUCGUCUAGUGAUUCGGGUAUAGACCGAAGGGAUUCAGAGAGAAGUGUGGUCGAUGACGACGCUGGGUGCGAUGUGUGGCGACCCUUACCAUCCAGUGCUUUGGGUAGGCCUAUGCUAAGUAUAUUCAUCAAGUAAAA